AUGGUCUCUUCUGAAAACAAUGAUUUGCUUUGUGCACUUCCAUCCCAGGAAGAAGUAAAGAAUGUUAUUUUUGAACUUAAAGGAGAGAGUGCUUGUGGUCCUGAUGGAUUAUCAGGAACUUUCUUUCAUUCAUGUUGGGACAUUGUAGGAAUAGAUGUAUUCAGAAUAGUUCAGGCUUUCUAUGAAGGUCAUAUUUUCCCAAAAUCAGUAACUUAUACUAAUUUGGCGUUGAUCCCUAUGAAAUCAGAAGUUCACACUUUUGGGGAUCUCAGACCAAUAUGCUUGAGUAACUUCAUAAACAAGGUCAUUUCGAGGGUGGUUCAUGGAAGACUAGAUAAGAUUCUACCAGGUUUGAUCUCUAGCAACCAUUCUGGUUUUGUGAAGGGAAGAAGCAUUAUUGAGAAUGUGUUGCUCACUCAAGAAAUUGUCACAUAUAUUAGAAAGAGAGUUUUGUUGAAUGGCCAUUCUUAUGGUUUUUUCCACUCUACAAGGGGUGUGAAGCAAGGUGAUCCAUUGUCACCUGCUGUAUUUAUACUUUCAGCAGAAGUGCUAUCUAGAGCACUUAACUCUUUAUUUGAGCAUGAUCAGUAUAAGUGCUUUGGUAUGCCUAAAUGGAGUGCAAACCUCAAUCAUCUUGCUUAUGCUGAUGAUACAAUCAUCUUUGCAUCAGCUGAUAAACUAUCAUUGGAACUGAAUAUGAAUGUUUUGAGAGAUUAUGAAAAGUUGUAA